AUGGAGCCCAACAGAGCGGUCAGUGAGCGGCCCUCUGGAUUACCCAUGAUGCCUCACGACGGAGCGCUGCACACAGAGGGCCCCUUCAGGAUCCUGCCGUCAGUCAUGCAGAAGCGAUGGUUUCUGGGAAGGCGUGCGGUUGCUGCGCUGCUCUUCUGCUUGGUUCUGCUCCUGUAUCGUCAGACCUGCAGGUCUCGAAGCCAAACCCGGUCCAGACGUCCAGCAGGAGAAGAUGCAUUCGAGGCUUUACUGCAGCAGCACGAGCAGCGCUAUCUCCAGCACAGCAGGAACCUCACCAGAAGGAUCUCACAGCUGAAAGCAGAGCUGCAGAAAUCCACGCUGGAGCUCCAGGAGCAGAACCAGUCCGAGCUGGAGGAGUUCCUGCAGAAGCAGCUCCGACGGGCCGAGGUCUUCACCGGAGAACGGCUGCCCAAUGAGUUUGCGGUGCUACCGUUUGAGAGCUUCACCCUGCGCCGGGUCUAUCAGCUGGAGAGCGGCCUGGCCAGACUCCCGGUGGAAAGUGUGAUUGGUCAGGAGCGCAGGAACGAGCUGAACGGAGCUCUAGAAGCAGCGCUGCAUCUGCUGAACCAGCCUCAGCUCCGCAGGGUUUACUCUCCUCAACACUUCUAUGAAGGAAUCUUUCGCACAGAGAGGGACAAAGGAACGUUAUACGAUCUCACGUUCAGAGAAAACAGCGUUCCAGAUUUCAGGAGGAUGGUGUUCUUCCGUCCUUUCGCACCGCUGAUGAAGGUGAAGGAGGAACUGAUGGAUGCAUCUCAGAUCCUCAUCAAUAUAAUCGUACCUCUGGCCGACGCAGUGGAUGCAUUCAGACAAUUCGUGCAACAUUUCAGUGACGCUUGCAUUCGUCAGGAUGGACGGACGCAUCUCACCGUGGUGCUUUUUGGGUCAGAAAAGAUGCAUGAUGUGAAAGGAAUUGUGAAUGGAAUGUCAAGGAGAAUUAAAUUCAGGAACGUGACUCUGAUCCGUCUGAACGAAGCCUUCUCCAGAGGACGAGGCCUGGAUGUCGGCGCUCGAGCCUGGAAGCGAAGCAACGUCCUCCUGCUUUUCUGUGAUGUGAACACUCGGUUUAGUGCAGAGUUCCUGAACUCCUGCCGUAUGAACACAGAACCAGGUCAAAGGGUGUUUUAUCCGGUAAUGUUCAGCCUGUAUAAUCCAGAGGUCAUCUAUGGUCAACAUGUUCCUUCUGCUGAAGAUCAGCUGGUGAUCAGAAAAGAUUUUGGCUUCUGGAAGGAUUUUGACUUUGGGACGACGUGCCAGUACCGAUCAGACUUCAUCAACACAGGUGGAUUUGAUGUGUCUGUGAAAGGCGGAGCUACAGAAGAUGUUCAUCUCUACAGGAAGUUCCUCCACAGCAGUCUGAUGGUGGUUCGCGCUCCGUCACGUGGCCUGUUUCACGUGUGGCAUCCGACCGUCUGUCACGCACAGUCUUCCAGCGAGACGUUUAAACUGUGUUUGCAGGAUAAAGCGCUAAACGAGGCGUCUCACAGUCAGCUGGGACAAAUCCUCUUCCACCAGCAGAUCAACAAUCAUCUACACAAAUACAAGCAACACAAUAUCAACUCAUGAGGAACAGAUAAUCAAAGACAAUAAUGAUGAAAUAUUAAAUUAUAUUGAGAUAUAAAUCACUUAUUGUGUUUGAGCUGAAGGGCACUAAUAAGUUCUGUAGGGCUGUUAUACAGCAUCCUUUCUCUUUGGAGUGUUACAAGGUCUUGGUGCAUAAAGAAGAUCUGAGAAGUUGCAAAAACUAAAGUCUCAAAUCCCCCAAAAAAAUUUUUAAUAAAAGUUAACAGUCACUAUGUGGGAAGAUUUGCAUAACACUGCCCAGAUGUUCACGCAAAGUGUAGUAUUGUGUGUGCCGCUGGGUCGUUGAGAAAGCGAAACUACUUUGUUUGGUCUUCCAAAAGAGGACACGACUAGAAAUCAUGUUUAUAUCACAUUUUACAAUGCAUUUUAAUGUUUGUGUGUCAUCGCUCCAGCCAGACAGGGUAUCACAGUAUAUUAAGGGGUGUAACAAUUCUGUCACAUGCUUGAGGUAUUCGACCAAUCACAACAUACUUGAUAGCUGGCCAAUCAGAGCACACCUCACUUUUCAGACCUUGUAAAAAUCUAUGAG